UAUUGGUGCCUGACGGUUUUUGAUGGUGGUGGUGGUAGUUGUAGUGGUGGUAGUAGUGCUGCUGGUGGUGGUAGUGGGUAGUGGAUAGUAGUGGGUAGUUGGUAGUGGUGGUGGUGGUGCUUCAGCUGCUUCUUCUGCUUCUGCCUCUUGCCGUUUUCAUCGAUGGUACCUCGAUAGUAGAAGAAGAAGAAGAAGAAGAAGACGAAGAAGAAGAAGUAGUAGUAGUAGUAGUGGUGAUGUUGCUGAUGUUGUCAGCCCACGCGGAGAAUCUCCUCUAGUCGCUUCUCACGGACUUGUGUUAUAUACUCUAUUCUUUUUUCUUUUCUUUCUCUCUUUAUCUCUCUCUCUCUCUUUAUCUUUAUCUUUCUCUUUCUUUCUUUCUCUCUCUCUCUCUCUCUCUUUCUUUCUGUCUUUUUCUCGCUCGUUCUCGUUUGUUCGUUCGUUCGUUCGUUCGUUCGUUCGUUCGUUCGUUCGUUCGUUCGCAGUAAGAAAGAUUAAACGAGAAGGAGUCAAUAUAGAGAAACGAGGGUUCUUUGAAUUAUUAUUUAAAUCCCAACAAUAAUUCGAGAGUAAUUUCUUCAUUUUGAAAUAAGACAGAGAAGCGAUCGAGCCGACAUCAUGGCGUUCGCUGGAUUGAAGAAACAAAUCAACAAAGCUAAUCAGUAUAUGACGGAGAAGAUGGGCGGCGCCGAGGGAACCAAGCUCGACGUCGACUUCGUUGAUAUGGAGAGGAAAACAGACGUGACCAACGAACUUGUAGAAGAGCUACAAAUGAAAACGAAAGAAUUUCUUCAGCCGAACCCAACGGCAAGAGCGAAGAUGGCGGCGGUCAAGGGCAUCAGUAAACUCAGUGGCCAAGCAAAGGCCUCGACCUAUCCUCAACCCGAAGGUGUUCUUGGCGAUUGUAUGCUCACAUAUGGCAAAAAACUAGGCGAGGAUAGUAUUUUCGCUCAGGCCCUUAUUGAAAUGGGUGAUGCGAUGAAACAGAUGGCCGACGUAAAAUAUUCCUUGGACGACAACAUAAAACAAAACUUUUUGGAACCUUUGCACCAUCUGCAGACCAAGGAUCUCAAGGAAGUGAUGCACCAUCGGAAGAAACUUCAAGGAAGGCGAUUGGACUUUGACUGCAAGCGAAGACGUCAAGCUAAAGCUGUGGGAAAGAGAUCGGGAAGCCCACAUUUUGGAAGUCCAGCAAAAACUGCACCCUAUGCCGGUUCUCACGUUUCAGACGACGAAAUUCGACAGGCCGAAGAAAAGUUUGCCGAGAGCCUUCAUCUCGCACAAAUGGGCAUGUUCAAUUUACUGGAAAACGAUGUAAGUGAUGGUUAUGUCGAACAAGUUGCUCAAUUGGCGACCUUCAGUGAAGCACUUUUAGAAUAUCAUCAGCAAUGCAUCGACAUUUUGCGAGUCCUAACUGAUAAGCUUUUGGAAAAGAAAGAAGAAGCAGCGAUCAGACCAAAAAUGGAAUUCGUUCCUAAGACGUUUGCUGAUCUACACGUCGAAGGUUUAACAACGUCGGAUGCCAUGAACGGUGGGAACUUCUCCAUUCACGGAUCAAGUCGAGCCGGUUCUCCGGUCCAUGGAGACGGGAAGCGUUCGCAGCUCGAACUAUUCCCGGCCGGAAAUCCGCCGCAAUCCGCCAAUGCUUCACCAUUGCCAUCACCGAGUAAAUCACCGGCAAGGACGCCAAUGACGAGACAACCAUGUUGCACGGCUCUUUAUGAUUUUGAACCUGAGAAUGAGGGAGAACUUGGAUUCAAGGAAAACGAUACGAUCAUCCUGAUUCAAAAGAUCGACGAAAAUUGGUACGAAGGUAGCUUAAAUGGACGCAAAGGAUACUUCCCUGUGACUUACGUACAGGUCGUAGUACCGCUUCCCUAAAACUGAAUGGAGAAUUUGACUUACCAAAGAGAGACCCUUGCAAAUCGUUCGCUAGCGUCUAACCACGAUAAAAUUAAUAAUAAUUAUUGUUAUAUUAUUA